UUUUGUUCCGGAAAAAGUGGUGAGUUGAUGUUGCGAAUUGUUUUGAUUUUUUACUGCGUGUGAAAAUAUUAAAAAAAUUGGCAUGGAAAUUGAAAAUACAAAUCCAAAUGUUUAUCAGAAGUGCGGGGAGAGAGAGUGGCAAUCCACUGAUGAAGAUGACAACGUGUGUGAUCCAUUCGACACGAGGGAAAUCUUUGAUCUCGUUCGCGUUAUCAAUGACCCUGAACACCCUCUGACUUUAGAGGAACUACAUGUUGUCCAGGAAGAUUUGAUUGCUGUUGACAAUGAUAAAAAUGAGAUAAAAGUGAACUUUACACCUACAAUUCCUCACUGCAGCAUGGCAACCUUGAUCGGACUUUCAAUACGCGUAAAACUCCUUCGAUCCUUACCUCCUCGUUUCAAAGUAACCGUUGAAAUUACUCCUGGAACCCACUCCUCGGAGCACGCUGUGAAUAAACAACUGGCUGACAAGGAGCGAGUGGCAGCUGCUUUGGAGAACACUCACUUGAUUGAGGUGAUUAAUCAAUGUAUUGCUGUUUGAACCAAAUGAAAACCAUUGUAAUGUUAAUCAUAUUAAAAUACAACUAAGUUUAUUGGUGAUACAACA